CAUAAAAGGUUAUGAUAUUGAACACAUACGCAUCAGUUAAUCAACAAUUUUCAUUGCAAACAUUUAAUUUCUUGAUUUGUGCAAAAACUAUGAAAAUGAUUGCCACUCUCUUCGUUGUCUUUGCUGUUGCUUCUUCAGCUUUUGGUCAAUGUCCAGUUCCUACACCUGUUUCUGGUGCUGAUAUUGGCAAAAUUGCCGGUCGAUGGUAUGAAAUUUCUGGAUCAACUCUUGAUCUUACAUGUGUUACAAUGGAUUUCACUCCUCGAGAGGAUGGAAACUUCAAUUAUACAACUCUUGGAUCCAAAUCUGAUGGCUCAAAGCAUAGUCGACAUUUGUUAGCCAUACGUACUGAUAAUGAAAAUUCAUUCAAUAUCUCUGAUAUGUCAACCGAGACUCGAUACCCAAUUACCUUCUAUAUAGCCGAUACUGAUUACGAUAACUAUUUAGCUAUGUACAGUUGUGUUUUCCUUCCUGGUUCCUCAGGUUUAUUUUCCGGGUCGAUUUUAUCCAGGGCUAACAGUAUGGACGAUGAAAAACAUGCCGAACUGUUUGAUUUGUUGAUUAAUAAAGUUGGCCUUACUGCAGAUAAAAUUCAACCCAUAACUCAAGAAUACUGUAAAUACUAACCUGUUUUCCAGUAAUGGUUUUCAAAUUUGAAUAAAAGUGAAUUUAAACUGUAAUGGUUGAUAACCUUAAACAACGAAAUUCCCAUAAUAAAUGAUGUUUAAUCGCAUA